AUGUGGAUAUGCCAAGUGUGCGAGGAUGGCUCCAAGUGGUUGCCGUCCCCGGCGACGAGAAUUUGCAGUGCCCAUUUUGUGGACAACUGUAAGAACGACGGUGAGGCACACCCCUCGUGCAUCCUCACCAUCUUCCCGCCUGUCUACAAGAAGAAGGCGCCCAAUGUAGAGAGGGCAAAGAGGAUGCUGAAACGAUCCAGCCGCUGCCAACCCAUGCCACCUCCAGUGGGGACGCCUCCUGACCCUCGCACGGUUUCUGAGCCAGAGGCGACAACAGAAGCCGAGAGUUCCAACUGGGAUUCCUUUGCGACGCUCGUCCACACGGCAGCCCAAGCUAUGCCUACGAAGUGCACGUCUACAAUGGCGACGCAGACUGCUGACGAGGCGCUGGAUGGUGGGCCGCUUUGGCUCCUGCUGUCUGCUGCAGAUGGACACAACGGAUCAACGCAGGUCACUCACACAGAGAAGGUGGGUGAGGUAAUUUUAACAGGGGGAGAUUGGCGACGGCGGUGCGGUUUCCUUGGGUUCCAGUCUCUCAGAGAUUCUGAGCAGGCACUGCAGGACCUAUGUGGUGUCACAAUGACCGUUUUCAGCCUCCUACUGUGUCUGACACCCGCAACCAGGUACAGAAGUAGUGACAUUCCGGCCGAGGACAAACUCGUUCUCUUCUUAAUGAAACUUAAGUUGGGGAUCAGUUACACCGCACUGGCCGCUCUUUUUUCCGUCCACAAGACCACAGCUUCUCGGAUCUUAAGGACCCUACUGGACACUCUUAGUGUGAGGCUUGAACGAUGGGUAUUUGUGCCAGCCCGUCAAAUUAUCAAGGAGUCGCUACCACCAGCCUUUAAAACGCACUACCCAGAUUGCACAUUCAUUAUUGAUUGUACAGAAAUUAGAACAGAAUCUCCAUCUGACCCUGAGCAACAGCACUACCCGUACUCCAGCUACAAAAGUGGUUACACCAUCAAAUUGCUGAUUGGCAUAAUUCCGAACGGCAAGAUUUCAUUUAUAUCUAAGAUCUAUGGGGGCCGACAAAGUGACUGCCACAUAACUGUUAACUCUGGAUUUCUGUCCUUGGUUCAGCCCGGUGAUGUUGUUUUAAGCGACAAGGGCUUUCCAAGCAUCCGAACUACCGUGGCUGAAAAGGGUGCUGUCCUCGUAAUGCCGCCAUUCUCGAGUGCUGGUCAGCAGUUUUCUCAGGAGGACAUGGACAAUACUUACCACAUCGCACAAGUUCGCAUUCAUGUAGAAAGGGUAAUACAGAGGCUCAAAACUUUUCACAUUCUGAAGCACAGAGUUCCACUCACGCUUAUCCCACAGAUGAACCAGGUUUUUCAAGUUUGCUCAGCUCUUGUCAACAUGCAGGCACCCAUUAUAAAAAAGUAA